UUUAACUUUUAUCGGCGACCUGGCUUGCACCGAAAAACGCCAAAAUCAAUUUGCAAAAGCUUGGCCGCUUUUUGCUCAAAGUCAGAAAACAAAUUUUCCGUCUUUUGAUCCACCAUAUUUGGAAUUCGCUCGGAUUCGUGUUGAAGAUUCUUCAGGUUUAGCCCAAAGUUUAGAUGAAUAUGGCUAUGGAAUCGUCAUAAGAGAGAAACCUUUUGCCGAAGGUCUCUUACGUGAAGUAACUCAUGCAAAAUAUUUCAGCAGGAACGUUUUGCCCGGUAGUUAUCAAUCUUAUAAUCUUUGGAUUCCUUUAACCGACGAACCAGAUAAUUUCGUUACGCUUGGUUCAUUUCUCUAUAACUCUAACUAUGGCUAUAAAUAUGCUCUUGACCAAAACAAAGGAUUGGUGGGAGUUCAUAGAAGUGUUUGUAUUUCUGGCGUUCGAGGUAGUUAUGUGAAAGGGAAUGUGUGGCGAAUCGCACUACAAGAUGAUACUAUCGAUAUUAAUGCAUUUGUAGCUGACGAUAAUACCAAACCGGAAUUGCCUGUUUGGCUGUUGAGAAGUGAUAUGGCAGAAUUAGUUAAAUACGUAAAUUAA